CUCUUCCGGUUACAUUUAAGCAAGAAGUUCAGAAUUUGGAGCUGAAGGAAGGUGACAGUGGAGUGUUCUGCUGCGAGUUGUCCAAACCUGAAGCACCAGUGGACUGGAGGAAAGGAAGAGUCAUUCUUAAGCCCGGUUACAAAUAUGAAAUGAAACAGGAGGGAAAUUUCACCAAACUGUUUGUCAACCAUGUAGAAGAGUGUGACGCUGGGAAGUACACUUGCAAGACAAAAGACAGCCAAUCCACUGCUGAGCUCAUCGUGAUAGCACCUCCCAUCACAUUCAAAACCAAGUUAAAGAACCUCCAAGUGGAAGAGGAGAACAGCGUGACAUUGAUAUGUGAAUUGUCCAAGCCCGGCCUUUCUGUUGAGUGGAGGAAAGGCCAGGAGCUGCUGAAGAAUAAUUUCAAAUACCAGCUAAGAAAUCGAAACAGCAUGCUGGAGCUGACCAUCAAAAACACUCAGCUGGAUGACAGUGGAGUCUACAGCUGUAUCUAUGGCGAUACCAAGACCGUAGCCAACAUCACUGUGACACCUAUUCCACUCACCUUUAAGAUGGGUUUGAAGAACCAGGAGGCCGCUGAGGGAGGCAACGUGACCCUAAGAUGUGAACUGUCCAGGAGUGGGAUGUCUGUACAGUGGUGGAAGGGAGAGGACCAGCUCCAUCAAGGUGGGAGGUAUCAGAUGACCCUCAAGGAGAACGUAGCUGAGAUGAGCAUCAGAAACAUCCAGCCGGAGGACGUUGGGGAGUACAGUUGUGUCUUUGGCGAGCAGAAGACAACUGCUGAAGUGAAUGUGAGAGGUAUUCGAUAUGCUUCUUGUUUUUGAAAUUAUUGUUCAUGAAAAUGUACUAAACUCUAAUGAUUAUUGAG